AUGCCUUCAUACACUGUUCUCAAUGUUAAACUACAGCGGGAAUCACCCAGCACUCCAUGGGGAUUUCGGAUGACGGGAGGAAAGGAAUUUAACAGUCCAUUACAAAUUCAAAGGAUAAAUCCGGGCAGUUUGGCUGAGAGAUGUGGUAUACAACCAGACGAUUAUAUCAUUAAAAUAUCGUCAAUAUCUACCGAACAUUUAAAACACCAAGAUGCGCAAGAUUGUAUUAUGAGACAACAAAAUAAUUUAGAACUCACAUUACAACGUGGAGCUGCUCCUGAUCACAAUGACUAUUCAAGCAAUUUAGAAUUUCCUCCACAUCAAUUAAUGACGUCGAAUCAACCAAAAUCAUCGUAUCAUCAACAGCAACCACAAAAAGUUAUUCCUCAGAUUGGAUUACCUGUUGCAAAUAAUCGGGCUUUAUUAACUCAAGCCCAUAAUACACCAAUUGGCUUAUAUUCAGCUGAUACUGUUACAGAUACACUCAAUCGAACAUUAAAAAGUAAUGGAACAAAAAAUGUUGAAGAUUUACAAUCAAAAUAUUUAAAUUGUGAAGAUAAAAUAAGAAAUGAAGCAAGACAAGGACCGUCAUUUAGAGCAUUACUCAAAGGAUUAGAUGAUGGUACUGUAUCAAAUGUAAUAAAAAACGACACCACGAUGUCACAACCGUCAAAUUAUUGGGAACAAAAGACAUUAACAGUACCUAACGGUUUUCGUCCAAUACAAACUAUGAGAAAUGAAUCAAACAUUAAUGAUAAAUUUCAAAAUUUGAACAUGUCAUCUCCGUAUAAAGUCGAAGAACCAUCAAGUUACAAUGAAUUUAAAGCAUCAACUACAAAGGCCAUGUCAAAACCAUCGCCAAUGAACAAUAAUGUAUCAUCAUCACAACCAUCAUUUGCAUCGAAUUCUCCACGAUCAUUUUCAAAUAAACCUACUACGCGUCAAACACCUGCUUCUACGAAUCAAUAUCAACCACAUACACCUUCAACGCCGUCCUUUAACGUUGAUAUAAAUCCAGUAAACAAAGGCAAUCGAGUUCUAAUGAAAGGAGCCAAAGGGAGUGCAUUAUUGACUAAGGAAAUUCCAUCUGGUUCACAAAUUCCCGUAUGCUCUUCAUGUGGUACUGUUAUCAGAGGUCCAUUUAUCACAGCUAUCGGUCGUACAUGGUGUGUUGAUCAUUUUCGAUGUUCAAAUUGUGGAACUAAUUUAGCUGAAUGCGGUUUCGUUGAAGAACACGGAAAAUUAUAUUGUGAAGCAGAUUUUGAGAAAUUUUUAGCUCCAAAAUGUCAUAAGUGUAAUCAGGCUAUACUUAAAGAAUGCUGUCACGCAUUAGAAAAAUCAUGGCAUCCAGAAUGUUUUGUAUGUACAAGUUGUAAAAAAUUAAUUGGUACAGGAUCAUUUCAUGUUGAAGAAGGACAACCGUAUUGUUUAGAAGAUUAUCGUCGAAUGUUUCAAUCUAAAUGUUCGAGUUGUGAUUUUGCAAUUGAAGCUGGUGAUAAAUAUUUAGAAGUAGAAUCAUUGGGUGGUACAUAUCAUGUGGAAUGCUUUAAUUGUUCAAUGUGUCAAACAAGUUUAGAAGGUCAACCGUUUGUUGUCAAAAACAAUAAACCCUAUUGUCGAAUACACGGUCACUAA